GUUGUUAGCAUUACAGCCAUGCGAUUUCGAUUUUAAUUGAGACGCUUAAAAUAAGUUACCGAGUAUUUCAUUUGUUAAUUUAUGUAGUAAAGUGAUCGGAUCUUACUCGUGUCUUCUAAAUAUUUUGUCCACUUAACUGGCGACAGACAAUUCACGCGGAAGGUGCCAUUCAGGAUUUAAGACCUCAUGAGAUGAUUCAAUAGAUUAAUUCAGAAUUAAUCGUUGUGCGUGCGAGGGGAUUCCGAAUCGGGUUAUUUUGAGUUUUUAUUGACAGUCCAUCGUGAAAGAGGGGGUACAGUUCCGGAGGAGAUGUAGAGGCUGACGCUCCUCCCCCAGAAUGGGAUCUUUGUUGAAUUAUCCGCUGAGGACAGCAGGCAGCAGCUCGGAUGGGACGGAGGACUCGGAUUUUUCCGCCGAUCUCGAGCACACACGAGCUUCUGAGAGUGUACACAGGCGCAGCAGCACGCGCCUGACCCGUGCGUCACUGCGCCUCAGCCGAAGCUCACAAGAUAACUGCAGCUCAUUACGGAGCAAUUCUCCUCCAGCGGGGGGUCCAGAAGAAAGCUUGGACCUAGCAGCAGAAUCGAAAGCAGCAGCAGUGGCAGCAUCUGUCUUCUCCUCUGGACGCAGAAUCACACGCAGCCAGCAAGGGGCGAUAAACACCACAUCCAAAAAAUACCCGCUGCGACAGAGCAGGUCAUCUGGCUCGGAUACUGAGGCACAUGCAGACCAGAAGCGGGGGGCGGAUCGUGACGAGACCCCUCCUCGCACCCCAACCGGUAACGCGCCAUCUUCAGAGUCAGAUAUCGAGGUCUCAAGUCCCAGCAAUGAUCACGUGUCCUCAAGCAAUGAUAUUGUAGUUUCACAAGAGGAGGACGAGAGAUUAGCUAAAGAGCUGUCACUCAAAGAGGCUGCCGCCCACGAUCUUUCCCAUCGCCCCAAAAGACGGCGGUUCCAUGAAAGCUACAAUUUUAAUAUGAAGUGUCCUACGCCUGGUUGCAACUCAUUAGGUCAUCUUACAGGGAGGCAUGAGAGACAUUUCUCCAUAUCAGGAUGUCCUCUCUAUCAUAAUCUCUCUGCUGAUGAAUGCAAGGGCAAGGCAUCGACGCGCGACAAACAGGCCGACGAAAGGACGCUGUCGCACCGCCAGGACGAGAACAGACACUCCACAAGAAGCCAGGCCCCUACAGACCGUCAGCUGCGCUACAAGGAGAAGGUGACGGAGCUGAGGAGGAAGAGGAACUCUGGUCUUAAUAAGGACCAGAAGGAAAAGUACAUGGAGCACAAUCAGAGCCACGGAGCUAGCAGGGAGCCGCUACUAGAGAACAUCACCAGUGACUACGACCUCGAGCUGUUCAGGAAAGCGCAGGCACGUGCCUCGGACGACCUUGAUAAGCUUCGUCUCGCUGGCCAGGUGUCGGAGGGCAGCAACAUGAUAAAGACAAUUGUGUUUGGUCGCUACGAGCUGGACACCUGGUAUCACUCUCCAUACCCAGAGGAAUACGCUCGCCUGGGGAGGCUGUACAUGUGCGAGUUCUGCCUUAAGUAUAUGAAGAGCCAGACCAUUCUGCGCAGGCACCUGGCAAAGUGCGUGUGGAAGCAUCCACCGGGGGACGAGAUCUACAGGAAGACUAACAUCUCCGUGUUUGAGGUGGACGGAAAGAAGAACAAGAUCUACUGUCAGAACUUGUGUCUGCUAGCAAAACUGUUUCUGGACCACAAGACUCUGUAUUACGACGUCGAGCCUUUCCUCUUCUAUGUCAUGACUGAAGCAGACAACACAGGGUGCCACCUGGUGGGAUACUUCUCCAAGGAGAAGAACUCUUUCCUGAACUACAACGUGUCCUGCAUCCUCACCAUGCCGCAGUACAUGAGGCAAGGCUACGGCAAGAUGCUCAUAGACUUCAGUUACCUGCUGUCUAAGGUGGAGGAGAAGGUGGGUUCACCUGAGCGCCCUCUGUCUGACCUAGGUCUCAUCAGCUACAGGAGUUACUGGAAGGAGGUGCUUCUGCGUUACCUGAACAACUUUCAGGGCAAGGAGAUCUCCAUCAAAGAGAUCAGUCAGGAGACCGCCGUGAACCCCGUGGAUAUCGUCAGCACUCUGCAAUCGCUUCAGAUGCUCAAAUACUGGAAGGGAAAGCACCUUGUUUUAAAGAGACAGGACCUUAUUGACGACUGGAAGGCAAAGGAGACCAAACGUGGUAACGGAAAGACCAUCGACCCCACAGCCUUAAAAUGGACACCGCCCAAAGGGUCGUAAAGGAACGUUUACACUAACAAUUUCAAAAUUUCGAAUGCACACACUGAUCCCCCUCUGCACACUGAUACGCUCACAGUGACUGAGCCUAAACCCUCACUCGAACUCCUGUACAAAACGCUUUCAGCAGCUACAGCCGUCAGUCACUUACAGACACACGUUACUCUGGAUUCAGCAGUCACACAACGCUGAGGUUGUUGGAUGAACGUCAAUCCAACAAACCCAACAUUAGCUGGAUGAUAAGAUUCUCCACCAGAAACUAAGACGGAAUCGAGGCAACAAUUUGCAAGAACCUGAACCUCUUAGAGAUGGCUUUAUAAAAAAUAAUUGAACCUUCUAAAAGAACAAAUUAGACCUUAAAUAAAUAAGUCACUUCUCUUGAAUGAGAAGCUAAUGACUUUAAAAUCAAGUGUUUUGGAAUAAUAAUCACAUGAAUAAAUGUUCUAAUACAAGGAACACUAAUAAUU